AUGGAUUUCGAAAGCAGCCUCAAGGACUUACGGGAGGCUGAGACAGAGAACAAGGCCGCAUCUGAGAAGCUGGUUGCUGCGAAAGGAGAGGAGAUUGAGUCCGCCAAAGAGCAGAUUCAGUCGAAGAAGGACGAAAAGGCAGCUGCAGAUGAGGAACGGUUUCAAAAGAAGCAGGAUGUGAGAGACGCAACAAGCUCUAGAGAUGAGGAUAUGGCAUUUGCCAAGGAGGUAAAGGAGAAGUGUGCCGCGAAGGAGAAGGAAUGGGAAAAGCGGCAGCAGACCCGGGCUGACGAGACCCAGGCGGUGUCUAAGGCUAUUGAGGUCUUGGAUUCAGACGCUUCCCACGAGCUUUUGGGCAAAACCGUGAAGCCUUCCCUGCUUCAACUGGGAAGCGGGCAGCGCCUUCAGGAGCGCCGGCAGCGACAGCACGCCUACGAAAGGCUGCGCUCUGCAGGGAAGGAGGAUUUGCGUUUGGUCACCCUCUCUUUGGAGCUCAAGCUGGAUACUUUCAAGGAGGUGCAAGAAAAGAUCGAUCUGAUGAUCUCGGCGUUGAAGACUGAGCAGGCGAAUGAAGUGAAGAAGAAGGACUACUGCGUGGCAGAGUUCAAUCAGAAUAGGUUAGCAGCGGACGCCAAGAAGCGCCAGGGCGAGGGCUUGAAUGCUGCAUCACAGGAGGUGACGCAGCAGUUAAAAGCUCUGCUGGCGGAGUCUAAGGAGCUGGAAGGGGAAGUUUUGGAGCUUCAGAAGCAGCAGAAGCUGGCUGCGCAGAACCGGGAGAAAGAAAACGCUGAGUUUCAGAAGGUGGUCCAGGAACAACGAGAAACGCAAGUUCUCCUCAAAAAGGCGAUGCAUGUGCUACAAGAGUUUUAUGCAAAGCCGGAGUCGUUGCUGCAGGAGGAUCCAGAGCCAGAGACCUUCGGCAGCUACAAGAAGAACAACCACGGCCAGGGCGUGAUGCUGAUGCUACAGGAGCUGGCCGCCGAUGCCAAGGAGAUGGAAGCAGAGUCCUCUGCAGCGGAGCGUGAGGCUCAGGCAGACUAUGAGGCCUUCGGCAAGGACACCAUUGCCGCCCUUGCAGCAAAGAACAAGGGUUUGGAGCACAAGGCAGCUGAACAAGCCAAGAUGGAGGAGAAGUUGGUGAUGACCCGGAAGUCCCAGAAGGGUGUUGAACAAGAGGUGAGCAACUUCGCAGAUACCAAGCUGGAGUUGCAUGAGGCUUGCGACUUCACCCUGCAAAACUUUGACACGCGGCAAAAGGCACGUGGAGAGGAGGUGGAAGCACUCUUCGAUGCCAAAGCCUUCCUGAAGGGAGCGCAGUGA